AUGUGCAAAAACAAACAAGUGGAUGUCAACAGCAGACAUCGCCUCCACAGCAUGGUUCUCGUGCCCAUGGACACACCAGGAGUGAUUCGAGUGAGGCCACUCACCGUGUUUGGACAGGAUGAUGCCAUCCACGGGGGCCAUUUUGAAGUACACUUUGAGAAUGUGCGUGUUCCCACAUCCAACAUAAUUCUAGGAGAAGGCCGGGGUUUUGAGAUCGCCCAGGGCCGUCUGGGUCCAGGCCGGCUGCACCACUGCAUGAGGGCGGUGGGCUGCGCAGAGAUGGCGCUGGAGCUGCUCUGCCACCGAGCCGCUUCCAGACGCACCUUUGGAAAGACCCUCUACCAACACGAGGUCGUGGCUCACUGGAUAGCGGAGUGCCGUCUGAUGAUCGAGCAGACCCGUUUGCUCACGCUGUACGCGGCUCACGCACUGGACACGAAGGGAAGUCGAGCUGCACGUAAACAGAUUGCCAUGAUUAAAGUGGCAGCAGCCAGGAUGUCUUGCAAAGUGGUGGAUUGUGCCAUUCAGGUGUAUGGAGGAGCAGGGGUGUCUGGUGACUUUCCAUUGGCUCAAAUGUACGCCUACGUCCGAACACUGCGCAUCGCUGAUGGACCUGACGAAGUGCACCUCUCGUCUAUUGCUCAACUGGAACUGCGGGAUCAGCUGAAGAAAACACAAGCCAGACUUUAA